UGAAGAUUUGUUGAAUUCCAGCAAAUUAAACAACAUUAACCAAAGAACUUCACUAUACUGCCAACAUCAACAAUAAGAAGAUGCCAAUUCUUUCUACACUUCACAUCGCCAAUGCUUUCGGCAUUCUUGGCAAUAUAGUGUCGUUCUUGGUUUACUUGGCACCGCUGCCCACAUUUUACAGGAUAUGGAAGAAGAAAUCGACGGAGGGGUUUCAAGCAAUCCCUUAUUCAGUGGCAUUGUUCAGUGCUAUGCUCUAUUUAUAUUACGCAUUUUUGAAGCAAAAUUCAAUCAUCCUCAUCACAAUCAACACCAUCGGAUGCGUCACUGAAAUUGCGUAUCUAACCGUGUACAUGAUCUACGCAACCAAAGUAUCCCGAGUUUCUACUACCAGACUGCUGUUUUUGUUCAAUGUAUCAUUACUAGGAGUUGUGAUUGGUGCUACAUAUUUGCUUGCUAGAGGGCAUCAAAGAGUGACGGCCGUUGGAUGGAUCUGUGCUGCCUUCUCCGUCAGCGUUUUUGCUGCUCCGCUUGCCAUCAUCAGACGGGUUAUACGUACGAAAAGUGUGGAGUUUAUGCCAUUCUACCUCUCAUUUUUCCUCACUAUAUGCGCUGUCGUAUGGUUCUUGUAUGGUUUCUUGAUCAAGGAUUACUUCAUUGCUGGACCAAACAUUCUGGGAUUCAUAUUUGGGAUCAUGCAGAUGACAUUGUACGUGGUGUACAAGGACCGGAAACAACAGAUUCUACCCGCAGCAGUUGUAGAAACCAAGUGUGGUGAUCAUAUCAUCAAAGAUGUGGAUCAUCAGUCUCAGCUUCAGGAGAACUCAUCAGAAACUCAACCUAACAACAAGCGCGAUUUAGAAAUCGUGGUUCUAGAUUAUGGGGAGCAAGUAGUCCAUGGAGUAGUCGUGCUCCAACCUAACCACCUACCAUGAAACUUCAUUAACAGACCCUAUAUAGAUGCUCGCUCUACAUCAUCAUAAAUCAUUAAUUACUUAAUAUAAUUAUAUAUCGUGGUGGAGCAGCAUCACUAAUUUAGAAAUUCAAUACCCCACAUAUAUAUUAUAUUAUAUUAUCUCUUUUGCUAAUUUGUAU